CGUCACGACCGGCUCCUGAAGAUGACAAAAAAAAAACAAUUCAAAGUCCACCUGAGUGGAGUAGAGUAGAGUAGAGUAGUCGCCGGAGGACUCGGGUGAUCGACGAGGCUAAGCAACCCAAGCGAGCGAGAGCGGCGAAGGCGUCUCCACCUGUUCAGUCAGUCCAUUGCAGGACGGUCAGCCGCAGGCGAAGCGCCAUUGAUCCGCCCUCCCCUUAUCUCCAUAUCACAUGGUUUUGAUUUGACUCCCCCAGCUCCAGCCCGCGCCUUGCAGCCGUGUAUAUUGGCGCCGCGCCGGCCGCGCGCGGACGGCAGCAACAGGCAGAGGAGGUCACGAGCGAGCGAGCUCAGCGCGGCGGACAGCAUGGCGGGGCUGCAGCGGUCGAGCGAGACGUUCCGGCGGUCGGGGUCGUCGGGGACGGUGUGGGAGGACAAGCACCAGCCGGCGUCAGGCGAGCUCGCCAAGCCGGCCCGGGCGAAGCAGGGGGCGCCGGCGGCCGCGCGGCAGCAGCGGAGGAGCGGAUCCGGCGGCCACGGCGGGUACAGGGCCGGGCACGUGCAGCCGGCGCUGGACCCGCCGUCCCCGCGCGUCCCGGCGUGCGGCUUCUGCGGCAUCUUCGGCAAGGACAAGCAGCCGCCGCCGGCCCGCGGCGCCAGCGGCAAGGGCCGGCGCCGCUGAGGAUCGAGCUCGGCGACGGCAAGGCGGGCCGGCGUGCAAGCUCUGGUGGUUAUACAUGCUGUAUGCUAUACUUAAUCCUGUACACAAACCCGGCCCUGGCGCAGAGAGACAGGACAUUGAUAGAAAAUCAAGCUCAUGAAUGCUUUUUUAACCUCUCCUGUAUUUCGAUUUAAUUUGGUUAUUGAAAAAGUGGAAAGAAGAAUAGAGAUGUAAAAAGAAACUGACCUUGUUCAGUUCCCAGCAGCUAAUUGUUCAGCUUAUCAAUUACAAUGAUCGGGAAAUUGCAACGCACUUGUGCGACAAACACUAUGCACACAUGGGUGGUGGUAAGGGAGAUACUUUCAGGAAAAAAAAAAUAGAGGCCCUCCUUAACCA